AGACUGAGAGAGCCACACACACACACACUUCACACCCGCACCACAGUCGGGAUGACCGCAGGAAACAGCACCAGUAACCUCAGGUGUGUGGGUUCCUCCGGUUAACCAUGGUGAGGUCCAAACCUCUGCACCUUUCCGGAAAAUGCCGGCGCCCCAAAUCACGGACCCAGGCGGCAGCUAAGUCCCCACACGUCCACAGGCCAAGAUCUGGCCAGCCCUGGCCAGCCGCCCCGGCCCCCUCCCCUGGGUCCACUCCCUCCCCUGGGUCCACUCCCUCUCCUGGCCCGCGGUGUUGUGGCCGGUCCCUGGUGCCGACGGCGCUGUGGUUGGUUCUGGUCAGCGCGGCGCUGCCGGGGGGCGGCAUCGGUCCGGCGGGGGUGUCGGCCGGGGAGACGUGGGGGAUGGUGUCCAUCUGCCCCUUCCACUGCGUGUGCCGGAACCUGUCCGAGUCGCUGAGCACGCUCUGCGUCAACAAGGGUCUGCUGUUCGUGCCGCCGGACAUCGACCGCCGCACCGUGGAGCUGCGCCUCGCCGACAACUUCAUCCUGGAGGUGGGCGGCCCCGACUUCGCCAACAUGUCGGGCCUGGUGGACCUGACGCUGUCGCGCAACACCAUCCACGCUCGCGACACUGGCUCGCCCGACCUGGAGAACCCUUUCCUCCAUCUGGGCCUUAACGCUGGCAUCACGGCCGUGGGCGGCCAGGACCUCGCGGGCCUCCUCAACCUGCAGCACCUCUUCAUCAACAACAACCAGCUGACCGAGGUGGCGGCGGACGCCUUCGACGACUUCCUGGCCUCGCUGGAGGACCUGGACCUGUCGUACAACAACCUGCGCCGCGUCCCAUGGGAGGCCAUCCAGAGCAUGGCCAGCCUGACCUCGCUGAACCUCGACCACAACCUCAUUGACCAGAUCGCCGAGGGCUCCUUCAGCGAGCUCUACAAGCUGUCGCGCCUGGACAUGACGUCCAACCGGCUGCAGACGCUGCCGCCCGACGCUCUCUUCUCGCGUUCACAGAUCGGCGCGGUCAGCCCGACGCCGUACAACCCCGUCAUCAGCCUCAACUUCGGCGGGAACCCGCUGCACUGCAACUGUGAGCUGCUGUGGCUCCGUCGCCUGGUCCGACUGGACGACAUGGAGACGUGCGCCACCCCGGCGCACCUGGCCGGACGCUACUUCUGGUCCAUCCCCGAGGAAGAGUUUGUGUGCGAGCCUCCGCUCAUCACGCGUAGCACAGGACGCGUCUGGGUCCUGGAGGGCCAGCGAGCCACGCUCAAGUGCCGCGCCAUCGGCGACCCCGAGCCGCUGGUCCACUGGGUGUCGCCGGACGACCGCAUCGUGGCCAACAGCAGCCGUGUGCGCUCCUACUACAACGGGACGCUGGAUGUGCUGGUGACCCGGGCGCGGGAUGACGGAGCGUACACCUGCAUCGCCAUCAACGCGGCCGGCGAGGCCACCGCGCUCGUGGACCUCAAGAUCGUGCCGCUGCCUCACCGCGGAAACGGCACCGUGUCCCUGGUCAACCCGCGCGACGAGCCGGGCCCCUCCGACAUCACUUCCUCCGGGAGGAGCGGCGGAGUCGUGGUGGUGGUGCAGAACGCCAGCGUGGAGGACGCCGAGGCCCACGGGGGCCGGCAGGGGAGGGGCGCGUCCGAGCGCCUGGGGGUUCUGGGGGUGACCGCCAACACGGCCCAGGUGAGCUGGGUGAUGGGCCGCGCCUCGGCGCCCUACCUGGUGUGGAUGUACCAGAUCCAGUACAACAGCAGCGCCGACGACGCCCUGGUCUACAGGAUCUUGCCACCCAACAGUCAGAGUUUCAUGUUGAAGAACCUGGUGCCUGGGGCUGACUACAGCCUGUGUGUGUUGGCUAUUUUUGACGACGGCGUCUCUUCGCUGGCCACCACCAAGGUCGUGGGAUGCACGCAGUUCAGCACCAAGGACGACUUCCCAGAGUGCCGUUCUCUGCAGGCGCACUUCCUGGGUGGCACGCUGACGGUGCUGGUGGGCGGGGUCAUCGUUGUGACGCUGCUGGUGUUCACCGUGGCCAUGAUGGUGCGGCAUCGUGUCUGCGGCGACUGCCAUGACGACUGCGUGCACAGCAACGAGUUCCUCACGGCCAAGGGCGUGGACAUGUUCGCGCAGACCAAUGGCAACGGAGGGUCAGUGAUGAUGGUGGCACUGCCCAAUGGGCUGCUGGGACAGCAGUCCAAAGCUCCGCCCCUGCCUUCCAAGGGGCGGAGCAAACACAACCCCCCCAGGACUCUUCCUCGGGCCAAACGCAGCACUGACGACAAGGGGGGGGACAAAAAGGGGGGGCUCGACGACAAGGGGGGCCAAGAAGGAGGGGUCGAGGCGCCGGCCAAGGACACGCGCCAGCCUCCCCUCAGCCCCGGGAGCGACAGGGUGCCUCUGUACUACUCUCCUGCCCGGCACAGGCAGCGCCAGGGCUACGGCCAGCAGCAGCACAAGGCCGUUAAGAGGCCCGACAAACUCACGCUGCAGGGCACCACGGAGCGGAGUGGGCAGGACCAGCAGCCGGACCGGGACCGGGAGAGGGAUCGAGAGGGGGAGGGCGAGGUCGGGGUGUCGGACUGGUGCUCUCCGGUAGUGGACCCUCACCAGAUGGUGCGUGCCAAACGCAGCUGCUCGUUCGACGUGGGCGAGAUCACCACGACGACCUGCUACAGCUACGCCAAGCGGCUGAGCGUGAUCUGGACGCGGCGCUCGCAGUCGCUGCACGGCAUGCUGGUCCACUGUGCGUCGUCGGCCAGCAGCACGUCCAGCACGACCAGCGAGCACUACGGGCGCGCGCUCACGCACGGCUUCCUCCGUGCCUACGGCUCCAACAACUCCAACUCGUCCAACUCCAACUGCAGCGUCAACGCCAACGCUGGCGACCUCGAGGAGAGCAGGCUAUAGGGGUGAAGGGGGCACGUCGUCAGACUGGACCAAUACGACCGGAGACCGUUAAACUGGAUUAAAACCGCUGGCAUGGUUAUACUGGACCAAUACUGAUAGUCACAAUGAACUGGACAAAUGCUGUUGGACAUGACUUAACUGGACUAGAACUGUUGGGCAAAAUUGGACUGCUGGACUAAGACAGUGAAAUUGGAUUAACAAUUUCGGGGACACGGUUAAACUGGACUGAUACUGCAGGGCACAAGAACUGUAGAGGAAGAAAGUGCAUGAGAUGGACUAGGACUCCAUGAGAGGAGAGAUGGACUAGGACUCUAUUAAGGAGAGAUGGUGCAUGUGUUGGACUAGGACCUAUGAGAGGAGAGAUGGACUAGGACUCUAUUAAGGGAGAGUUGGACUAGGACUCUAUUAAGGGAGAGUUGGACUAGGACUCUAUUAAGGGAGAGUUGGACUAGGACUCUAUUAAGGGUGAGAUGGACUAGGACUCUAUGAGGGGACAGAUGGACUAGGACUAAGGGAGAGAUGGACUAGGACUCUAUUAAGGGAGAGUUGGACUAGGACUCUAUGAGAUGGACUAGGACUCUAUGAGGGGACAGAUGGACUAGGACUAUUAAGGGAGAGAUGGACUAGGACUCUAUUAAGGGAGAGAUGGACUAGGACUCUAUUAAGGGAGAGAUGGACUAGGACUCUAUGAAGGGACAGUUGGACUAGGACUAUU